AUGGUCCCGCGAACCUUUAGAUAUCAUGGUCUUAGAUAUACUACGUCUUAUGUUACCCCUGCGAACGCCAAAUAUCUUCGGAAGGACUUUAAUGACAUGAUGAAAAAAGUAACCGUAAUGCAGCUACUCAUCGAUCACGGGGUACCGAUGUUAAGGGGCCUUUUUGAGGACUAUAAAAACCGUUUGAUUAGCCAAAAUCAAAAUAUGGAAUGGUUUGCCGACAAAGCCAACGACUGGGCAAACAGGGUGUUUUCGCAGUGCUCUACUGAAAUGGAUCUCGCUCUGGUCACCGUUACUGCAAAAUGCAAGAAACGCCUAAAGGAUAUAGGACACAAUAUUGUAGACAUCAACUAUGUCCAAUAUGCCAUUUCCCAGUCUCUUCGUGGCGCGCAAAUAUAUAAAUUGGCUUAUCGAACUUUUAGAAAGAUUCGUCCGAAGUUAGAAGCUUUGGUUACUAGUCAAAAAAUCAUUCGGAUUAAGAAUGAGCGACGACAGCUUUUAAAAACAAGAUAUAGACAGUAUCAACAGGCCCUAAUCCCGGAUGCUUGGCAGUAUCAACCUCCUGAAAAUUUCUUCCGCGAAGCUGGAGCAUUUUCGAACUUUCUGAACGCGGAAUAUGUAACCAGAGGUGAUAUUUCGCGUGAACUGACCGAUUCCCUGUUUCCUGGAUUGGUGGAGGAGUGGACGAAGAAACGAAAGCUUGAAAUUCUUUCCCUUUUACCGGAAGUGGACACGGAGCAGCCCUUCGAGAAACAAAUCCAGAAACUUGAUUUGGCAACUUCUGUUAUUACAUGUAAUGAUUGCAAAUACAUGAACCAAGAAGGUCGCGUCCUGCUGGGGUGGAAGAAUAUUUGUCGUCAUGCACGUAGGACUGUUGGCGGAAAUUUGAACCCUUGCUCAGGGUCUGAAGUUGUCGAACCUGUUGCAGUAGUGGCAGCUACCUCACUUAUAUGUUGUGCUGGGCUCGACCCGAGAACUACGACCAUUCAGGAUAUGGACUCCCGUGACGAUAGGUUUUUCUGCGGGAAUUGCAUUCCAGACACAUCGAAUGGGGUAACAGGCUUGAAGGCCUACAAGUGGACUGAAUGUGUAAGGUUCUCCAUGUACUACUUCGGAUUACCUACUGAUGUGACUACCAGUUAA